AAGGAGGUGACCACCAAGGAAUACCAACGUCCAGAAAUAAAUGGAAACUCCAAAUCCAUCUUACUGGACUAUAUCAUGAUUGCAAAACUCCUGGCUAUUAGAAAUGGAUUGCUAGGAAUUGAUGUAGGAGCUACACUAUCAGUGCUCAACCGCCCUACAGAUCUUUACUACAUUUGGAUGCUACUCCUGACAUGGAGAAGAUUGAGAAACAAUUUGCUAAUCUGAGCAUUGUUAAACGUUCCUCGGAAACUAAAGAGCCUACUUAUUUGCUUGGUAUAGACACAUCAAAAGCUGUACAAGCAGAAAAAGAAAACUUGGUUGCUGUUUUAUGUUCUAAUGGAUCAAUCAGAAUAUAUGAUAAAGAAAGGUUAUAUGUACUACGAGAAUUUAGUGGAUAUCCUGGACUUCUGAAUGGAGUCCGAUUUGCAAGUUCUAGUGACAGUGUAUAUUCAUCAUGUAGCGAUGGCACCGUUAAGUGUUGGGAUGCUCGAUUAGCCAGUGCACAACCUGUCCAGCUAUUCAAGGGUUACCCUUCCAAUAUUUUUAUUAGUUUUGAUAUCAACUGCAAUGAUCAUGUCAUUUGUGCUGGUACAGAAAAAGUUGACGAUGAUGCCUUGUUGGUAUUUUGGGACGCAAGAAUUAGUUCUCAGGAUUUGUCUACUACUAAAGACCCACUUGGAGCAUAUUCAGAGACUCAUAGUGAUGAUGUCACUCAAGUGUGCUUCCAUCCCAACAAUCCCAACAUGUUAGUCUCCGGUUCAACUGAUGGCCUGGUAAAUGUAUUCGAUAUUAGUGUGGAUAAUGAAGAAGAUGCACUGAUUACAACCUGCAACUCCAUUUCAUCAGUAAGCUGUAUUGGUUGGUCUGGAAAGGAUUAUAAACAGAUUUACUGCAUGACACACGAUGAAGGGUUUUCUUGGUGGGAUCUUAAUCAUCUGAAUACUGAUGAACCAAUUACAUGUUUGAACAUCCAAGAUGUCAGAGAAGUGGUUAAUCUGAAAGAAGGUAUUUUGGACUAUUUAAUUGGUGGCCUAUAUCAUGAAAAAAUGGACAAAUUGUUUGUUGUUGGAGGAACAAACACAGGAAUUAUUCACUUAAUGAGCUGCACUACAUCAGGAUUGAGCCAUGUGACCAGCCUUCACGGAGGGCAUGCUGCUACAGUCCGUUCUUUCUCUUGGAAUAUGCAGGAUGAUUCUUUGCUAACCGGAGGAGAAGACGCACAGUUGUUACUUUGGAAACCCGGACCAAUAGAGAAGACAUUUACAAAGAAAGACAGCAUGAAAAUAGCAUCCUCUGUGUCCCAGCGAGUACGAGUUCACAGUAAUGAUUCUUACAAGAGAAGGAAGAAGCAGUGAUGUUCUGUUGGGAGUUUACUUGAGAGGUUUUAUAGUUUCAAGUAGUUAUUUUUGGGUACUACCUGUGAUAGCUAUGUUUAAAGCUCCUGUGUAAAAACAAGCCAGUUAGCAAACAGUCCUGGAGAAAUGUUGAAAAUGGUUUAAUUCAGGUCUUCAUGUAUUCUAAAAUUAUUUUUUUUAAAGCUGCCAGUUGAGUAUAUAAUCAGUGAGUUGAAAGUAAAAUUACAUUCCUCAUUUUUAAAACCCAUCUGUUGAGUUAGUAAAUGUUGGGUUUAAAGAAAUAGCUUUGAUAAGGACUUUUUAGAAGUGGAUGGCUGGUGUGACUUUAAAAAAUCAAGUGGUUUGAGUUUUUUAAGUUUAGGGUUUUUUUUUACAUUUUAAAUCAUCUUCAUUAUUUAUAAAACCAAAUCAGACUUUUCUGUAGGAACUCCCACUUGCUUAAUACACAUAAAUUAAGUUGGAGUAUUUAAAUAUAAAUAUUCCAAUGAUUCUAAGUAGAACUAAGGGUUUUUUUUUUUUAAAUAAAAUGAUUUGCAUCUAUUUUAAAAAAAGAUAUUUAGUAUAUAUUUGCAUCUAUCUGGAUAGAUAUGGAUAGAUAGUUUUUUGUUUUGUUUUGUUUUGUUUUGUUUUUAGUAGGCUCCAC